AUGGCCUCCAAUUAUAAUCAUCAGCUCAACAACGACAAGGAUCAUCCCUCUCAUCACCCCCUUCACGCUCGUCCUUCUCAUCACGAACAAGAACUCUCCUAUAGUUUAAAUCAUGUUCCCUCUUCCUCCUCACUCAAUCAUUCCUUUCGUUCUCGGAUCCAAUCCAUCGUCCUCUCUCUAAAACAUCUUCUCGGACCCAUGUUCUUCAACAAGGGCUUUUUCAACGUGGUUAAUUUAGGAGCCUCUUUCUUUUUAUUAUUUGCAGCAUUUGGUACCACUCAAUCCUUCAUAACGACCCUCCGAAAAUCCGAAGGCUUUGUGAGCUUGUCCAUUUUAUAUUUUGUUUUUGCCUUUUCCAAUUUAGUCGCUCCUUCGUUUACACAAUUAUUUAGUCCAAAAUGGACAUGUGUGUUGGGAGCUUUGUGUUAUUGUUUGUUUGUGUUUGCUGCUGGAUUUGAUAGUAGUGUCUUGUUGUAUUGUGCUUCAGUGGUGAAUGGAUUUGGAGCUGCUUUGCUAUGGACUGGACAGGGAACUUUAUUGACACAAUCUGCAAAUUUAACGCAGAUGAAAAUUAAAGAAUUUCAAAUGAAGAAUGGACAGAGUUCUGAGCAGUCGAGUGCUGAACGGCAAAAUUCUGGACAGGAAAAAGAGGCAGCCUCUGGAAAUAGUGUGGAAGUGAUGGGAUUUUUUAGUGGAGUGUUUUUUGCCUUGUUUCAAUUGAAUUCGAUUUUUGGAAAUAUUUUAGCUGGAUCGUUAUUUAGUGCUGGAUUGACGAAUUUUCAAUUAUUCUUUGUGCUCACCAUUAUUGCCUUGGUUGGAUCUUUGUCAUUAAUUGCACUUAUGCCUAUUAAGAAAAGUGAAUAUGAAAAGAAAUUACAAAUCGACGAAGAAGAUUUACAACAUGAUAAUAUUCAUAUUGAUACAAGAAGUUUCACAGAAAGAAUUUCCAACAAAAUCAAAAAUUAUUUCACACAAGAAUUAGCCAAACAAGCAAAAGAUUUCGUUUCUCUCUUAAAACAAGCUUUUCUAGUGUUAUUUUCAAAGAAAAUGCUUGUAUUUAGUAUCAUUUCAUUUUACUCUGGAUAUAGCAAUUCAUAUUUCACUGGAUCGUUACCUCCUAUCAUUGGUCGAGAUAUGCUCGGAUGGGUCAUGAUUUUAUUUGGUAUCAGUCAAGUUUCUGGAGCCUUAAUUUCUGGAAAAAUGUUAGACAAAAUCGGGAGAAGAGUCACCAUGCUCGCAGCCAUGUUCAUUCAUUGCGUGGCUGUUUCAUUGAGUACACAAUUUGUGUAUUGGGGAAAUUCCGUUUCUAAUGACAUGGCUUCCAAUCAAGACGAUCCCUCUCAUACCAUCCAAAAACCAGCAGCUCUCUACUUGCUCUUCUUUGUGAACAUGUCCUUGUUUGGCUUGUCAGACAGUUUUCUCACAAACUCAAUCUACGGAAUUUUGGGAAGUCCCAAUUAUUACAAGAAGAAGAAUACUGCUGAAGCUUUUGCUGCUUUCAAAAUGACACAAUCUCUCUCCUCUGCCAUUGGAUUCUUUUGUGGAAUUUAUCUCAACGUUGUGACCAUUCAAAUCAUUCUCGCUGUUUCAUUUGGUGCUUGGCUUGUGGCCUUUUUUGUGAUGGAUAACAUGAUUGCUCCCGUAGAUAAAAAGCAACAAAAACACACAUCUGGUAAGAAGCAGCAUGCGGUGGUCACGAGUGAUUCUCCUCUUUUGCAAUCAAAUAACAAUAGUGCUACCAACAAUUCACAAAAAACCUUAGUAUGA